AUGGCUCUUUCUGCUGUUCACGAGAACAGGAAUCAUCCUGGAAUGCUUCUGCCCUUCCAAGAGGAGUGGAGAAGUGAGCUAAGUGGGCGAUUGCCCUUAAUUUGUGUACGAUGCUCAAACAUCACGGGAGACGUAACAAGAAGCAGUAGAACAGAACUUCUGAAGAGGAAUGUGGUUGGGAAGAGUGUGAGGAAGAGUCAGGAUGUGCAGAGGACAGCAGCUGUAGGAAGUAUGUCUGGCCACCUGGGAGGACAGGCCGUGUGCAGGCUGCAGGGAAAGAACCUCACAGAGGUGAGGGAGUGUGAUUUUCUGGGCUUCUCCAGGUUUCAUGACCAUCAGAUCACCCUGUCUGUGAUUUUUCUUGUCUCAUACACAUCCAGCCUGGCUGGCAAUGCUCUCCUCAUGAACCUCAUCGCACUGACCGUCCCCCCACAUGCACCCGGCUACAUCUUCUUGAGCACGCUGGCUAGUCUGGAGACCGCAUACACGCUUGUCCCUGUUCCACGGAUGCCAUCUGGUCUCCUAGCCCAGAAUCAGCCCAUCCAAAUGUUCUUCUUUGUUGCCUUAGCCAGCAGCAGCUGCCUUCUGAGCACAUCCAUGGGCUGUGACCACUAUGGGGCCAUCUGCAACCCCCCGAGGUACACAGAUGUCUUGAGCAGGAGGGUGUGUGCCCAGCUGAUGUGCGGCACCUCUGGCAUUGGUCUGGCCACGGCAGUCAUCCAGGUGACACCCAUAUUUGCUUUAUUCUUCUGUCACAGAGUGGCUGGACAUUUCUUCUGUGACAUCCUCCCUGUCCUGAAACCCUCCUGUAUGGAUAUCACUAUCGAUGAGAUUGACUUUGUCAGUUUGUGUGUGAUCCUGGUCCCUGUGGGGCUGGUCUUCAUCUCCUACAUCCUCCUCAUCUCCAGAAUCCUCAAGAUCCCCUCUGCCCAGGGCCAGAAGAAGGCCUUUGCCACCUGCACCUCCCACCUCGCGGUGGUCACUGUCCACUAUGGCUGUGUCUCCAUUGUCUACCUCAAGCCCAUGUCUGAGGAUUCUGCAGAACAAGACCUUUUCUCAGUGACAUACACCACCAUCACUCUUGUUGUCUACAGCCUGAGGAACAAUGAAGUCAAGGAUGCCCUACACAGAGCUGUGGGAAGAAACAGUUCAUACAUUGACCCUGCCUAUAUGAGACAUCGAUCCCUGAGCAACACACAUCUUCACAGCUUCCAACCUUACCAGUGUGUCCCAUGCAGUCCCUUCUGCAGUGGGAUGUGCCCAUCUUGCUUCAUCAGCCCUCCCAUGAAGUCUUAG